GCCACUAGUACACAUCAGUGGCUUGACCGUGUAAUCUACACAUUGAAACGUUCAAUAUUCUACUUGACAGAUUGAAUAGUCACGAUGAACACUGUUGUACCAAAAGUGAUUACCAUUCUCGUUAUGUGUAUGACAUAUGUCUGCGCUGAUGAAUAUGAAGUUGGAGUGACCGCAAUCUUACCCGGCGUAUCUCCGCGCAUAUGUCUUGGACUUGGAGAACAAUCAUGUACAGAGAACGGUGAUACUAUUGUGUCAGUUGUUGACAAUUAUGAAGGAAUUCCGUGUUACGUUCCUGGCGUUAUUUCUACGUGUCAAGAAAGGGAGACUGUGACUAACGAGGUAUGGAAAGGAACUGCACCAUUUUGUAAUCCGAGUGCAACUGCAUGUGAUGAUGCCUGCAUGGAUGAAGUGCUGACAGCUCGAUGCGACAGUCGAGAUGGAACCUGCUGUUGGACAGGACUCCCAGAGAAGAAACUUUGUUAUCCAAGAGACGGAGAGGUCCCGAUGGAAGUAUCACAUACUAAUUCUGGUCUUGAAUGUGCUAUGUGUGAUGUGUUCGGGUUUAUCUGUAACAGUACUACUGAAUUGGAACUUGAUCAGCUGUUUCUAGAUGGCGAUCACGCUCGAUGUUUGCCUCCACCACCAGUGCCACUGUGUGACACAGAGUACAAUGAAUUUACUGUAAUUAGUUACAACGUCUACGAAAUACCAUACCCCGUUGGACAGUUUGGUCAGAGAGAGCGGCUGUGUCGUAUCCCUAAUCGUCUACUCGAGGAACAUCCUGGAGUUGAUGUGAUAAUUUUCCAAGAGGUAUUCAAGGGUGGGUGUGGAUAUGAAUUUGGUGUUUCUCUCAAAGAUCUCUUGGCCGCAAAUGGGUUUAUUUACUCUACUACAACUGUUGGAGACCCACCAGAAAUGUAUUUCAGACCUUACAAUGGUGGAGUUUUCAUCGCAUCAAGAUGGCCAAUUCUGGAGGAAAGUUCAACUACUUUCGAUCCUGUACCUACAGAGGAUAUAUACCUAACAAAGGGAGUGGCAUACGCCAAGAUUGAGAAAUCAACCAAUGCCGGAAGUAAAGUUUAUCACAUUUUUGGCACCCAUUUUCAGUUUACACCAAGUGGGACAGACCAUGCUGAUUAUGACACAAUAAGAGUAUUACAAUCACAGCAAAUGGCACAAUUCAUGACAGCGCAGAAUAUCCCACAAGACGAGCCAGUGAUCUUGGGUGGUGACUUAAACGUCGAUAGUAUUAAAUAUUCUGACCAUCGUGAUGAACUAUUUGACAUAAUUGGUGCAACGGUUCCUCCUAUUAUUGGUGAUUUGGAUACAACUUUCGAUCCUGUGAUAAACCAACUCCCGGGAGAAGGAUUUAUUGGUGCAAUACCCGAAUGGCUCGACUACGUGUUGACAUUAAACGCUCAUCAGCAGCCAUCGUCUUCAAGUCUCGAGGCAUUCCGUUUAGUGUCCCACUAUGAUGACCCUAUAAUGUAUUGUUACCCCGAUAUGGUCUAUACCGAUUUCAUAUUCCCUCCAAUCUCGUAUUCCCCUGAGGUAUGGAAAGGAACUGCACCAUUUUGUUAUCCGAGUGCAACAGCCUGUGAUGAUGCCUCCAUGGAUGAAGUGUUGACAGCUCGAUGCGACGGUCGAAAUGGCACAUGCUGUUGGACAGGACUUCCAGAGAAAAGACUUUGUUAUUCGAGAGAUGGGGAGGACCCAGUAGAUGUACCGCUUAUUAACACAGGUUUUGGAUGCGCCAUGUCUAGUGUGUUUCGGUUUGUCUGUAGCACUACCACUGAAUUGGAACCUGAUCAGCUGUUUCUAGAUGGCGAUCUCGCUCGAUGUUUGCCUCCACCACCAGUUCCACUGCAAGACACACAUUCCCAUCACCUUAGUGUAAUUAGUUACAACGUCUACGAAAUACCAUAUCCCGUUGGACAGUUUGGCCAGAGAGAACGCGUGUGUCGUAUCCCUAAUCGUCUAUUCGAAGAACAUCUGGAAGUCGAUGUGAUAAUAUUCCAAGAAGUGUUUCUAGGUGGUUGUGGGUACGAAUUUGGCGUUUCUCUCGGGGAUCUAUUGGCCGCAAACGGUUUUCUGUACACUACUGAAACUGUUGGGGACCCACCAGACUUGUAUUUACGACCCUACAAUGGUGGAGAAGAUCACACAAUGUUUGAUGCAAUGAGAGUAUCGCAAGCACAGGAGAUGGCACAGUUUAUUGCCGGGCAGAAUAUCCCUAAAACCGAGCCAGUAAUUGUAGGUGGUGAUUUCAACGCUGAUACUUAUAAUAAUAUGUAUCAUGAACAUCGUGAUGAAAUAUUCGAAAUACUUGGUGCCACGAUGCCUAAUAUUAUCGGUAAUUCGUAUACCACAUAUGAUUCUGAUUUCAUUCCUGGGAUAUCUGUAUGGAAAGGAACUUCACCAUUUUGUCAUCCGAGUGGAACAGCCUGUGAUGAUGCCUCCAUGGAUGAUAUUUUGACAGCUCGGUGCGACGGUCGUGAUGGCACCUGCUGUUGGACAGGACUCCAAGAGAAGAAACUUUGUUAUCCAAGAGACGAAGUGGUGCCGGUGGAAGUACCACAUACUAAUUCUGGUAAGAAAUCAAGUACUUGGCACGUGACAGGUCUUGAAUGUGCUAUGUGUGAUGUGUUCGGGUUUAUCUGUAACACUACCAUUGAAUUGGAACCUGGUCAGCUGUUUCUAGAUGGCGAUCACGCUCGAUAUUUGCCUCCACCACCAGUGCCACUAUGUGACACAGAGUACAACGAACUUACUGUAAUUAGUUACAACGUCUACGAAAUACCAUACCCCGUUGGACAGUUUGGUCAGAGAGAGCGGCUGUGUCGUAUCCCUAAUCGUCUACCCGAGGAACAUCCUGGAGUUGAUGUGAUAAUUUUCCAAGAGGUAUUCAAGGAGGAUAUAUACCUAACAAAGGGAGUGGCAUACGCCAAGAUUGAGAAAUCAACCAAUGCCGGAAGUAAAGUUUAUCACAUUUUUGGCACCCAUUUUCAGUUUACACCAAGUGGGGCAGACCAUGCUGGUUAUGACCCAAUAAGAGUAUUACAAUCACAACAAACAGCACAAUUCAUCACAGCACAGAAUAUCCCACAAGACGAGCCAGAGGUGAAAUUCCUCGGUCAUGUGCGCCUACAAAAAUUGGAUGAAGUGAUUGCACCAGCCCAAGAUGGCGCCGAAGAACCAGAUGCGGGUAAAAAUAAGGAUGCGUAUGCCGAACUUGUGCAGUGCCUCGAUGAUAAGAGUUUAUCGCUAGUUAUAAGGGAAGAACACAACGACGGACGAAAGGCUCUCAAAGUUUUACGCGAACAUUACGUUGGGCAAAGCAAACACCAAGUUAUCGCUUUAUACAAUGAGCUGACGGCCCUGUUGAUGAAAGACAGCGAGGAUGUGACCGACUAUAUAAUUAGAGCUGAAAGUGCUGCUACGUCACUCAAGGCUGCAGGGCCCAAAUCAAACUUGGCAUAUGGAUGGAUGAGUGUUACUUCAUAUGUUGUAGCUAAAUUGAUACAGAGUUUAUAUGAUAGAGAGGGGCAAUAUGGCAAGCUGAAGCCAUAUGAUAUAUGUAAAAGUGGAUGUAUAAAUGGAUACUCAGAUUUUAAGAUUUUAUGGGUGAAGGCAGCCAGCACAAACAGUGACCCUAGCGUUAUUGCCCAUUACUACCUCAACUGUGUGGAUGAAAUGAAAGGUGGGAUAGAUAGGAUUCAACUGGUAACCACAGAGCAAGUUCGCCAUCAUGCACAAGCACCUAAUUAUGUAGGGGAUGAGCAGAUUGAUGAAUACUUUGACCAUGCAAUGGAGCGCGCCAAACUUUUACCACCAAAAACACCAGAACAGGCAAUUUGA